GAUCACAUGAUUCAAGCAAGUAGGCAUAACUGAAACGCCACAACGUUGCAUAUGAAUAUUUUAAAUUACAUACGAAUUUAUUUCAAAAACAUAAAUAAUCCAACAAAAGAUUGCGGCGAAACAACAUGAAGGGUUUAUUUUGCCGAAUUCAAGGUAGAGAGCUCAAAUUCGUCACCCAUGAAACUAGCCUUCCAGAGGUCCUAGGCAGCCAUGAUGUCAGAAUUCAAGUGAAGGCGUGUGCCCUCAGCCCAGUUGACACCAGACUUUUGCAAGAUUUGGGACUACAUAGCAAUUCAAUCCCCCUGGGCAGGGAAGUGGCGGGCAUCGUUCAAAGAGUUGGACCAAAAGUCACCUUCUUCCAACCCGAUGAUGAGGUUGUUGGUAUUCUACCACUGGACUCCAUCUUCUCUGGACUUAGUGAUGUCAUCGAUAUAAAUGAACAGUAUCUAGUUGAGAAGCCAGAAAAGCUGAGCCAUACGAGUGUGGCGGCGGCGCUGGAGGACGGUCUGGGUGCGUACACCGCCCUCCACACUCAUGCGCGAGUGGCGGCCGGACAGACGCUUCUGGUGAUGGAUGGUGCCAGUUCUUUUGGCCUUAUGUGUAUCCAACUGGCGUGCUACUAUGGUGUAAAGGUUCUGACCACGUCGCACUCGCAGGAGCAGCACGCCUUUUUGGAAAAACUAAGACCCAGCGUAGGUGUUCAGGAACCUCUUGUGGUGAGGGUGAUUCCUGUCUACAAAAAACAGUCGGACCUUCUUCCAGCCGUAAUGGAAGAGACUGGGGGUCUCGGUGUGGACAUAGUGGUCGACCAAGGAGUCAGUCUGCAUGAAAAGGAGCAGGAGGAGGGGAGGGAAGACGAGGUGACAGUUCAUCCGCACAAACAUGACAUCAUUACUGUGUUGGCAGUAGGUGGCCACUGGGUGACGUCCCACCAAGACCUGCAAUUGGAUCCUCCUGACAGCAGGUUGAUGUUCUUGAAGUCAGCCUCCGUGUCGUUCCUCAAUCUUCAAGUAUGGUUGGCUUCGUCAUCCCAACAGGGACGCUACCUCCAUAUUCUUAAGGACAUUGUAGAGAAGAUGUCAGCUGGAAUACUCAGACCUCAGCCCGAGGAAGUGGUUCCACGCCAGGAUGCUGCUACUGUAAUGGAGGAUGUGCAGCUUCAGCACAAGAAAAAGGCCGUGGUUGAAAUGUGAUGACACUUUUACUUUGAUGUGCACUCUUUUUUUAACUUUGUGCAGUGCUUAUUUGGUAAAUAAUAGAAUGCUAAGGCACAAAGUACACAUGAUUGCCCAUUGAUGAUGAGUGGGACGAAGGUCCCAGAGCAUGUACAUAUUGGGCUGAAAUUCAACAUGCAAUUGCCUGUUUGCCAUGUUGAGGGACUUACAUGCCUCAAUUUCAGAUAAUAUCCAUUGUAAAUGUUGAUAAACCGCGGAAAAUAACAUUUUACAAUGAUGAGUUUAAAAUACAUUCUUUAGCACGUGGAACACAUGCUCAUUUAGAGACUGGGAUAGGCGUCUUCACUCUGUAGUCUUAUUUUAGUAUGAAGGACUGCUCAUGCAGACAACAAAUUAUAGAAUAUAACAGCAUAGUAUACUGCCCUCACAAGGGCACACAGAAAGAAGAGUCGCAAUGUUAAUUUUACUCACUUUAUUGACAUGUGGCGCAAAAAGGAGUAGCUGUCGGUCCGUUGCAAUACAGCAAACAAGGCCAGUAACUGCUGCUGCCAAUAUGUAUUGCUACAUAAUACAACAGCACCGUCCAGUCAGUGGUCAUAGCCAAUGACGACUGCUGAAACUUGAAUGUAUAAAGCUGCGUUCACACCAAAAUUAAACCGUCACGCUAUAAUGACUUCCUCGCGUUGUGCUUGUUGCCAAAAGUGUUUGUGUUCACACAGAUUGUACGUCACCAAAAGUCAAAGCCCAUGGAACCAAACCACUUCGUUUGUGUUACAUAAAAUUAAUGACUUAUUUUUUCUCAUGAUACCAUGUAAAGUUACGUAACAUUACAACUUGUUCUUGUAAUAUUACAUCAAGAUAUCUAAUAUAGUGACGUUAACCUUGGAAUAUUACAUUUUUUACUCGUAAUAUUACGUUAAUUUUGGAAUUUUACAACUUUAUUCUCGUAUACAAACUGCAAUUUCUGAAAAACUUACCACGCAAUAUUGUGAGUUUGUAGUGUGGCUUUCGUAGUCUUUUUUUUUUUUUUUUUUUUUGGAGGGGGAGGGGCAUUUUGUUCAGGCAGCGUUCCGGUGUCAUGUCAAAAUGGCCUGCUCGUGUGAUAACUCCUGCCUGAGGCAAAUUUGACAACCGAAGUACUACUGUUCGAUUUCAGCUUGUUUUGUUCAAAUUCAUACAGGAAGACCAUACAAAAAAAAAAAAGAGAGGUACCUCGUUUUUUUGCAGUUAAUGGGGACCAGAACCUGCCGCAAUAAGUAAAAAACUGCAAAGUAGCGCAGCCAAAACAUUUUUGUGUGUGUGUGUGUGUUCAAUCUAUUUAUUCAGAUUUACCAUUGGAAAGGGAUAAAUAUAAGACAUGUUUUUCACCCCCCCCCCCCCCCCAAAGUAAUUUUAAAAAUUAUGUACAGUGUGUGGAUAUGUUUUUUUAGCACUUCAAAUGUAAUAAUUCGGAUACGUUUUCAACAGGUUACUGUCCCUCCGAAUUAUUUUUAAACAACACAACAAAUUUUUGCUUUAUUAAAUGCUCCAGUGAGAGAGUCCACUCAAAUCCGCUCAAGCUGCUCACUUAUACACAAGGAGUUGCCACAGCAACUGUUUAACAAGUUAAACUAUGAUUUAGAGCUGAAACGAAUACUCGAGCAACUCUAGUAACUAGAGUUUAAAAACUGAUCCGAGUAAUUUUAUUCACCUCGAGUAAUCGUUUAUUUUGACAGCUCUAAGCAUCACGUUUUGCUCGGACUACUUUUAAUGCCGGACAACGCGCUGAUGUCACGUGCGGAGAGGAAGAAUGGGGGGGGGGGGGGGGACUUACUGCAGCCGUCAGCCGCUACAAACGACGCCGACGUUGCUAAAUACUAGCCCACACGAUGCUAAGUUGGUAGCAGGUAGCGUCUGAUGCGUCUCGUAGAGAUCACAUGUAUGUUGAACUAAAUGCGAAAUGACAGACUCGGCCGCGUCUGGGCAGCGUUGGUAAACAGCUGCCAUCUUAAAGCAGUAGAGCGCUAAGCGCUAAUAAAGAGCGCUAAGCGCUAAUAAAUAAGAUUAACGUUACUGUCACUACUAGCUCACGUAACGUUAGCCCUGCAGAGGGCUAGGUUUCUAUUAAUUAUGACCACUGUCGAUGUGUGGCUAACGUGUCUUACAUACAGGCUUUAACAUAACAUAGCAUUGUGGAGUGAUGAGGAGUGAUGUAAAAUAAAAACUUAAUAAUGCUAACUAUCAAUUUUAGCUCAGUAGUCAUUGCUGGAUAAAACACCAAGUAGCACUGGUCCCUAAUGUGCUCCAAUACAGCCUGUAUCAUAUAUUUAUUUUGAACACUGCAAAAACUCAAAAUCCUAUCAGGACUUACAGUUUAGACUAACUUAAAACAUAACUAGAACUUAAAAAUGGCUUGACACAAAUAGAAAUUCAAUUGAAACACGUGGGAAAAAUCCUAACUUUUAAGUGAUGUGUGUUAUCAAGCGUAACGGCAUUUUUAGGUAAGAUUUUUUUUUUAAAUAAGAUCUAAAAGUUUUUUGAGUGAAAGCAGUGAAUUAGUCUUUUUUUUUUAUUUUUUAUUUUUUUUUAUUGUAGUUACAUCAGAGAUGCAAUUGUUGGCUGUUUUCAACAAUAUACAUCGAAAAUAAACACAUUGAUUGACUGAAAAUGGUUCAAGAUUAGAUGAAAUGUCUUGUUUUCUCAUGUAUAUAAUUGCUCUUCACCUAAAAAUAUAUUUGUUUUAUCCAAUUACUCGAUUAAUCGAUAGAAUUUUCAGUCGAUUACUCGAUUACUAAAAUAUUCGAUAGCUGCAGCCCUACUAUGAUUGACGCAUGCAGCGUUUUGAAGCUUUGGCUUACAAGCGUCUGUGGCAAGAUCAAACCCAAACAUCUGUCAACAUCGAUAAAUAAUUACUCCAGUGCUCAAGCUAACAAAGAGCAGGGAGAGUGGGGGAGGGAGAGUUAGACUACGCAAUCGGCUUUGGACAGCUCAUGUUUUUUUGUUUGUUUUUUAAAUUGAAAAAAAAAAAAAAAAAAAUCUGCAAUGGACCGAGGGCGCGAAGUAGCCAGGGAUCCAGUAGCCAGUAUACAUACACUAAGUGACUAAUGUAGUCAACAGAUCAACACUGCUGUAAAGCUACCAGCCUACCACAAGAAAACACAAAACUUAAAGCUAUGACAGGAAAACAUGCCAGAAGUAUUUUCAGGCAGUAAAAAGUUCAAAUAAGACUAAAUAAAAAUUAAAAUAGUUGGUACUCGCUGCUUUUAACUGAUGUGCUCAUGUGUGUGAAAGCGCACUGGGCAUUGGUGACUCAAUGUGUAGGGACGAAUUUGGGAACACCUGUUCUGCCACUGUCUCCAGCAAGUAGUUAGGUGGUAUGAACGCAGCUUAAUACUCUAAUACCAUAAUUCUAGCAAGGUCUAUAAAUCUAAGUUUGAACUGAGCAAGUCAAUAAGGUGGCUGAUCGGACUUAUUGGAGCCGGCACAAAUCAAGCUCUGACUGUAGGGUGAGUCUAUUCUGAUGGGGCCAGUGGGAGCAGGACCAAUAACUGAAACCUUUGUUUUUUGUUUUGUAACCGCAAGAACAUGAUGUGCUCUCACAAUACCCUUGAUUUUGUGUUACUAUGCUCAAUAAAGUCCUUCCAGGAAA